ACAAGCGAACGAGCUGUGCAUUUUUGCAAUAACCUAACUUAUUUGUUAUUAUUUAAGUAAAAGUUCAUAAUUUCCUGUAAUUAACGUAAGGUACUGUUGUAAGAAUGCCGACUUGGAAUCAAAUUCAGUCUCAAUUGAGGCACCCCAACAAUCCCGUAGUAUUCUUCGAUAUUACUGUUGGAACAAUGGAAAUAGGGCGAAUGAUUUUUGAGUUAUUUGCUGAUGUUGUACCCAAGACUAGUGAAAACUUCAGAGAAUUUUGUACCGGCGAAUACAGAAGGGAUGGUGUACCUUUAGGGUACAAGGGUGCUACGUUUCACAGAGUCAUCAAAGAUUUCAUGAUACAAGGAGGCGAUUUUGUAAAUGGAGAUGGUACUGGUGUCAUGAGUAUCUACGGAGGGAGUACAUUUGCAGACGAGAAUUUUGGCUUAAAACAUGAUUCUCCAGGUCUACUGUCCAUGGCUAACAGUGGGAAGGACACAAAUGGCUGCCAAUUCUUCAUAACUUGUGCAAAGUGCAACUUCUUAGACAAUAAGCAUGUAGUGUUCGGACGAGUCAUUGAUGGAUUAUUAGUUAUGAGAAAAAUAGAAAAUGUACCCACAGGUCCUAAUAAUAAACCAAAAAUACCAGUCACAAUUUCACAGUGUGGCCAAAUGUAAAUAAAAAAAAAACAA